GCCUCAUCCAUGCCUGUUCGAUGGGAGCCUGCGUUGGACUACAACCGUCUUGACUAUUCGAAAUUCAGGCCAAAAUGAUUCCAACAGCAAGAUGUCUAGCUGCCAAGCCCUCAAGCUUCAUCAAGCGCAGUGUAGAUGAGCUGAGCCGCCUCUCCAAAGUUGCCUGGAACACGGAAGCUCUUCAUACCCCGACGAAGCCCUACGUUCUCCUCGAUUUCGAAGAUGCCUCCACUGUUGCCGGCUGCAAGACAAUGGCCGACCGCGCGGUCGGAGGCUUCAGCACCGCCAGCUUGGAUCAUGUUCCCGCGGACCCCUCGACGAACAGCCCGGCGCACGCUCGCUUCCACGGAAGUAUCUCGACCAGAUUGCCGCCCAAUUGGCGCGUUGAGAGGACCGGAUACGCCGCCUUCCGCAACCAGGACCGCGGGCUUUGGCUCUUCGGUCGACUCUUCUGGGACGUGGAUCCCUACGCCUACCUCGCACUGCGCGUGAAAUCCGACGGCCGCCGCUACACGGUCAAUAUCCAGACCGACUCGAUCGUCGAGACGGACAUCCACCAGCACCGACUGUACACGCGCCACCACCGCGUGCAGCAGCGUUCGCACGAGGCCUUCUCGCCCUUCUCCGCGCCCGAAGUGUCCGAGUCGGCCGAGCCCGCCGAGACGCUCUACCCGCACGGCGUGCCGCCCUCGCUGUCGGAUGUGCCGCCGGAGUCGACCAUCAUAUCCUCGUCCAGCAGUGUGACGACGUCCGGGGAGGCGUCGCUGACCGGGUGGGAGACGGUGCUUCUGCCGUUCAACGCGUUUGUACGCACCAAUUUCGGCCUGGUGGUCGAGCCCCAGACGUCGAUUAUGCGGCAGCGCGUCAAGAGUAUCGGCAUCGGGUUGACGGAUCGCGUGGAGGGGCCGUAUGAUCUGCGAAUUCAUAAAAUCUGGGCUACGAAUGGCAUGAGCGAGGCCGAGAUCGAGGAGGAAAGGCGCAUCUGCGGGGCGGAUGCGUUGGAGGUCGAUGAGGGCGUGCGCACGAACUGGAUGGGUGACUCGUCUGAUUCGACGGCGGAGGUUAGUGGGGGUUCAGACGACGCAGCUCAACCGGCGCCUAAGAAGAGCCAGGAUAACAAGGGUAAGGGGCUGAAGGGCCUGCGGGAUGAAUGGAGCAGGUAAUGGGGAUUUGACAGAUUGAUACCACUACGAAUGACUACUGUACAGUACAUUGG